GUCCUCUCCACCCCCCCCCCCCUCCCCCGUGUCAAAUAUCUCCGGCGUUCUCCGUCUCCGCAGGUGGCCUCGCACAAGUCCUCCUCAUCAUUUCUUGCGGGCAGGUGCGGGAACUCCGACAUGGCGGGGAAUGCGGGACCGAAGCGGCAGGACACUCGGAAAUUUGUGGAGAACCUUUCCGGCGAAGGGAAAUGCAUCGCGGUGCUGACCAGUGGCGGAGAUGCUCAAGGUAUGAAUGCAGCAGUCCGUGCUGUUGUCAGAAUGGGCAUCUAUGUUGGAGCAAAGGUCUACUUCAUCCAUGAGGGCUACCAGGGGAUGGUGGACGGUGGGGACAACAUCAAAGAGGCAACAUGGGAAAGUGUCUCCAGCAUGCUGCAAGUGGGUGGUACAGUCAUUGGCAGCGCUCGCUGUAAAGAGUUUCGUACCCAUGAAGGACGCUUGAAAGCUGCUCACAACCUGGUGCAGCGCGGGAUCACUAACCUGUGUGUGAUUGGUGGAGAUGGCAGCUUGACUGGAGCCAACCUUUUCAGGGAGGAAUGGAGUGGCUUGUUGAAUGAGCUUUUGGAGCAAGGUCUCAUCAAUGAAGAGGCUGUCAGCAGUAACUCUGUGCUCCACAUUGUUGGCAUGGUUGGCUCCAUUGACAAUGACUUCUGUGGCACGGACAUGACCAUUGGAACCGACUCAGCCCUGCAUCGGAUCAUUGAGGUGGUUGAUGCUAUCAUGACAACUGCUCAAAGCCACCAGAGGACUUUUGUACUUGAGGUCAUGGGUCGACAUUGUGGGUACCUUGCACUGGUCAGUGCUCUGGCAUGCGGAGCAGACUGGGUCUUUAUUCCAGAAAUGCCCCCUGAUGAUGGCUGGGAAGACAAUAUGUGCCAAAAACUGUCAGAGAACCGCGCUGAUAAGAAAAGACUUAACAUUAUUAUUGUUGCUGAGGGCGCCAUUGAUUCCCACAACAAAGCAAUAACACCAGAUUGUAUCAAGGACCUGGUGGUGCGCUGCUUGGGUUUUGACACAAGAGUUACCAUUUUGGGUCAUGUGCAAAGAGGUGGGACCCCUUCAGCUUUUGACAGGAUCCUUGGAAGUCGAAUGGGUGUGGAGGCGGUGCUUGCACUACUGGAGGCGUCCACCGACACCCCCGCCUGCGUGGUAUCUUUGGUUGGUAACCAGGCUGUGCGACUUCCACUCAUGGAGUGUGUUCAGAUGACCCAAGAAGUACAGAAAGCCAUGGAUGAGAAGAAGUUUGAUGAGGCGGUCCGUCUGCGUGGCAGGAGCUUUGAGAACAACCUGAGCACCUACAGACUGCUUUCCUACCGUAAACUUGAUUCCGAACUUCCAAACAGCUCCUUCAAUGUAGCAGUGUUGAACGUUGGUGCACCGGCAGCAGGUAUGAAUGCUGCUGUCCGCUCUGCUGUCAGGGUGGGAAUCACCGAGGGUCACAAAAUGUUUGCUGUCAAUGAUGGCUUCGAGGGAUUUGCUAAAGGACAGAUCAAGGAGAUCAAGUGGGGGGAUGUCGGUGGCUGGACGGGUCAGGGUGGGUCCCUGCUGGGAACAAAAAGAACCCUACCUGCGAAACGUUUGGCUAAGAUUGCUGAGCAGAUGAGAAUCCAUAACAUCAACGCUUUGCUUGUGAUUGGAGGAUUUGAGGCCUUUGAGUCUCUGCUGGAGCUGUACGAGGCCCGCGCCCACCAUGAAGAGUUUUGCAUUCCGAUGUGCAUUCUGCCCGCCACCAUUAGUAACAAUGUGCCUGGCACCGACCACAGUCUGGGAGCAGACACAUCACUCAACGCUAUCGUAGAGACGUGCGACCGCAUCAAGCAGUCUGCCAGUGGCACCAAGCGGCGAGUCUUCAUCAUUGAGACCAUGGGGGGCUACUGUGGUUACCUGGCCACGGUGGGUGGGCUGGCUGCAGGCGCUGACACCGUCUACAUCUACGAGGAGGCAUUUGAUAUCCGAGACCUGCAGGCCAACGUGGAGCAUCUGACGCAGAAGAUGAAGACAACCAUCCAGAGAGGAUUGGUGCUGCGAAAUGAGAACUGCAAUGAAAACUUUACCACAGACUUCAUCUAUCAGCUGUACUCGGAGGAAGGACGCGGCGUGUUUGACUGCAGGAAGAACAUCCUCGGUCACAUGCAGCAGGGAGGAGCUCCGUCUCCUUUUGACAGAAACUUUGGCACCAAAGUUGCAGCUAAAGCCAUGCAGUGGAUCACACGGGCCCUUAAGGAGUCCUACAAAGGAGGGAAAGUGUUCACCAACGCAGAGGACACCGCCUGCCUGCUGGGGAUGCGGCGCAGGGCCAUGGUCUUUCAGCCCGUCGCUCAGCUCCGAGAGGAGACUGACUUUGAACACAGGAUCCCAAAGGACCAGUGGUGGUUGAAGCUCCGCCCCCUGAUGAAAAUCCUGGCCAAGUACAAGACGAGCUACGACGUGUCCGACGCCGGCCAGCUGGAACACGUGACCCGAGUUCGGCCCAAAGACUUCCAGCCCUCCGUUUGAGUUGUUGUCAGCUGCCCCCCCCCAUCCCCCACCGGACAAACCAGCUUCACAAACCCCACAGCUUCUGACACAAGUCCCCCCCCCCCCCCCCGACUACUGCAAAAAUGUUUAGAUAGCGACGGUUCCCGCACUUUUCAGAGAAGAGGGUCGACGUCUUAGAGAAGAAACAAACAGCUAACACUGAAUUUUCUAGAUCCAAAAAGAAUCUAUUUAUGCACACUCCUUAUGAAGUACUGUACGAAUAUUUAAGUUGUAGUCUGAAAUGUAGCCAUUAACCCUUUAUUUUGAAAGACAUAGUGCUCUCAGGUGGGCAACAGCUUUCAUCAAACUUUCUGCUGCACUUUUUGAGUCCGUAAGCAAUGUACUGUCCUAACCCAGCUCGUAAAAAACAAAGCUAUGCCAGGGCUGUGCAAGAGCGGUCUGCACCUUGACUGUAAGGGAGUCGCGAGGCUUCAGGCCAAGCAGGUUCGUCAUGCUGCUGUCUGCUGUCUGUGGUGUUGUUGCAUUGUCUCCGUCAGGCUGUGUUGUGUUUAGGGUCCUACAGGCUGAAGCUGUUACCCAUCGCUGUGGCGUAGUGUGUCUGUAACCGCACAUCAUUGUUGAUUUGAGAUGUGGCCGUCCUGCUGGAGUCUAAUAAAGCUUUUACUGUGUGGACA